AGAAUAUCAUUUGAAAUUCAGCUUCUCUCAAAAACAGUUCACAUUCAAAAAUCUCUCGUAAAUAUUUUACAAUAUUUUCUAGAAACUUUUUGUAACAAACAAAUUUUAAAGUGCGAAAUUUUGUUUCUAAAAAUAUGGAGAAUGUGAUUAUAAACCAGGAUAUGGCCUGCCGAAAGCCAAAAAAGAAGCCAGCUUGCGGCAGAGUGAAAUGCAGCAAGCCAGGACCGAUUACAAACAAUGGGUAUUUGAAUUUCAUACGUUCAUUCCGCAGAAAGAACUGUGGCCUUAUGCCGAGAGAGCUGGUCUCGAAGGCAGCCAAGGCCUGGAAUUGCCUUCCGGAAAAAACUAAAGAUAAAUACCGCCGCCAGGCUUGCCAAGUUUCAAAUAAACCUAAACGCAAGGCACGCUCAGGUUGCCGCAAGCCUAAAGCUAAGAAAUGUCGAAAAUAAUGUUAGAGCACAAUGUAAACUUUUCCUUUACAGGCUCUACAAGAUGCUGACAAAAGCCCUGGAAUCAAAUCAAGCCGCUCUUUUACAAGCAUCGACUUCCUGGGAUACUGUUUGGAUUUCAUAAAAAUUGUCACGUUUAUCUAGUGUAUUUUGAUAAAGCACUCUAGUUUUGGGAA